GGCAACCAAACAAUCAAUUGAUCUAUAUCCACUUCAGUCUCGUUCCAAAUCUCACGAAAUUUUAUUUUAUCAUCUUUUCAUUCACCUUUAUCAAAUUAACAACUACUACCUAAUUGAACAAAUCAAACUAAGAUGGCCGCACCUACAGAUCAACGGAUAGCUGUCCCUAUCGACGACCCCAACGCAGAUACCGAAUGGAAUGACAUACUCCGCAAACAUGGAGUUAUACCCGAGAAACCUCCGUCUCCCACACCCAUGAUCGAAGAAGCCAUACUUGAAGGCCGCAGAAUAGCACAUGAGAACAGGUUGGAGGGGAAGGAACUCGAUGAGCUCGAUGCUCUAGAAGAUGAAGAAGAUGAGGCUUUCUUAGAACAAUACCGACAGAAGCGCAUGCAAGAGUUGAAUAAAUUGUCCAAAAAGUCAAUCCAUGGCUCGGUGUAUCCGAUAUCGAAACCAGACUACUCCCGCGAGGUCACUGAAGCCUCUAACAACGGGCCUGUAUUUGUGAACCUCGUUUCCUCACUAGGAACGAACGUCGAAUCGAGAGUUUUAUCAGAGCUUUGGAAGCAAGCGGCGAAAGAAUACGGUGAUAUCAAGUUCUGCGAAAUAAGGGCGGACAAAGCUAUUGAGAACUAUCCAGAUCGCAAUUGCCCUACUAUCCUCGUGUACAAGAACGGAGAUAUCGUCAAGCAAGUAAUCACUCUCGUUACCGUAGGCGGAGUACGAAUGAGUAUGCUGGAGAUUGACAACUUGCUGGUCGAGGUAGGCGCAGUCAAUGAGAAGGAUAUGAGGGUCGUCAAGAGAAAGAGAGAUGCCGAAGAUGCUAGGGAAGAACAACUCAUGAGUAAAGGAAUCAAGAGUGGGAAUUUAAGACAUGCGACUAUUGAUGACGAGGACGACGAUGACGACUGGGAUUGAGACCAUGCGCAUUGGGGUCAUAUCGCUCUCCCAAUUUAUCUACAUCUAAAUCCCUAUAUCUGCAAAUCCAUUAUAUCCCGACUUUGCAAGCAUUUAACGCAUUGCCUACGAUAACAUCGAUUUACAGGGGG